AUGAUAGCUCGCAAGGAGAUUUCUCUGCCCGUUAUAACAGUGGGCGCUCCUCCUAAAGAUCUUACUCCACCAGUUACACCGUCAAAUAAAGCGUUUCCAUUUUCCAAUGGAUCUUCACCUCUAUCGCAGUUAACGCCAAGGAGCAGAAGGAGGUGGGCUGAACGUUUAAAUCUAAAAAGGAAGCGCAAUACCAAUAACAGUGGCCAAAGUCCGCAGGCUAGUGAUGAACGGUCAAGAAGUAUUGCGUUGUCUUCUCCAAUAAAUGAGUUUCCUAAGAGAUCUACAUCUAUACCAACACCACCGGCGCUUCAAUAUGCUUCAUUGACACCGGCAGUGCGUGCAAAUAAUAAUAAUGAAAGUUUAGGGUUUCCAAAUAUGGGUUCAAGACAUGCUGAUGAUUUUAUUUCACCUAAAAAGUCUAUUAUUAAUGAAAAAUGUUGUCUAUGCGAUGAACCAGUUACGACAAGAUCCUAUGCAGAAAAGAUAAUUGCACUGCAGUGCGAUCAUACAUGUCAUGAGGAUUGUUUAUGGGUUUUAUCAGAGGAUUCGGAAUCUUCAGGUUCGUUUGAUACCCUAGAUAGUGAUGGGAUCUACUCUAUAUUUCCAGCUUGUGUUGCUUGUGAAGGGAAGCUUGCUCCUAAUAGAUGUAUACCAAAAGAUGAUGACGUUCGUGAUAGAUUGAUUUCCACGUAUCUGAUUAAACGUACAAAGGUUAGUCAGAGAAUGCCAGCUCUUGACAUCACACCAACUAGCCAACACGGCUGGGCAUAUAGUUCGGACAUCCCUAAACGACCCAUGAAUAUAUCGACACCGUUACAACCGCCACCGACUUUUAAAAACCAGCUAAUACAGCGAAAGGCGAGUACUUUAUCUACAAUAUCUUCUAUUGUAUCAUCUGUUCCGACUAAGAAUAGCGACUCGGGUAACGAUAGCUCAGUGUUGUCUCUGGCAAUGUUGCGUUCUUAUUUUGUACAAUCAUUACUUGUGAAUUUUCCUGAUUGGCAGAUAGAUUCUCAAUUUGGUUUGCUCCGUUUAGUCGACAGGUUUAUGUGCACCUUUACUUCUCGCACUAAAGUGCGUUCUCAAUGUAUAUGUUACCUAUUCGAGCAUCGAUUCGUCGUUGGAAUAACCGAUAAAAUUCCUGAUCAUACAAUCGUUGGACUAAAAUUUAAUUCUGUAUCAGCGUACAGUCUUUCAAAUGUUAAAAUCGAUACCUUAGAGUCAUCUGUAUUGACUAUUUCAAUUGGCAAUGAGACGGUUUAUAUCACGGAAGAUUUGGGCUCAAAAUCGACACAGGUUUUAGAAAAAUGGAUCACCGCCUUUUUGAAUCCAGAGAUGAAGUUUCAGUUAAAUAUAGUAACUUCUACCCUUUCAUAUCCAUCCUUAUUUACAGAAAAUGGGAGCGGCAGGCAUAAAAAUACGACGACGUUAACGAGAGGUAUACAUGGUAGUGUUAUUAUAAGACGAAGCGUGUUUUUUAAAUAUAGUGAACACUCUGAAACACCUACAUCACUUAGAAAUUGUAAUACAAGGAUCAGUUCUAUUUUAUCACUGAAAAGAAAGAUUCCUAAUGACUUAUUUAUCGUAUUCCAGAUAGAUCCAAUUAAAUUGUUAGAUGGCGACGUUAACACAUUGGUAAACAUUUGCAAGGCAUUAUCAUGGAAAUUGGAAACCGCUAAACUUUGCCUUGUUGAUAAAGAUGGGUAUUUGGUAACUUCAUGCUCAUUGAAGCUUGCAAUUCCUAAGUUAAAAGGUUUGAAUUCUUUGCUAGCUGAAGCAGAUCGUUCGAUAAAAUUUUCUCCCGCAGAUAUAUACCAGCAGAUAUACGGUGCUUGGCAGAGAGAAAAUAUUGGUGUGACAAUUAUAUCAAAUUCUUCUAUGGAAACUGGGAGAUCUGCACUGUUAAUGGAUUAUUCUGCCUUCUGCAAUGUUGGAAAACGGAGACCUAAUGAGUUAAAAAUUAAAGUUGGGUACUUGAAUGCAGAUUACUCAGAUAAGGUAUAUGAGCUUGUCGAAACAGACAAAUGGAACGAUGUAUUCGAAGUUAUUUGUUAUUCUUUUAACAUGGCAUUUGGCCAAGAUGCUCUAACUGAUGAAGAUGAUGAUGGUGAAAGUUUCACCAACUUUUCUGAAAAUAAUGGUGAGCAAGCUCUAACACCAACCACUGAAUCAGAUAUCUCAACUCUGGAACAUCAUACAAUUCCAGCCUCAAAUAUAAGCCAUAUUCUAAGUAAUGAAGCGAAUUCAUUAUUAGCGAAUAUGGAAUCACCGGUGAAUUCGUCAUGUAGCCAAAAAUCGCAGACCACUUCAAAUCACUUAAUGGGUCCCUUAAAAACUAGAGACAGCGCAGCAUGGAGUUCUCUCUUCAGUGAUUUAGAUACUGCUUUGAAUGAAUCAAUGGCAAAUGUAUUGACACCAACUAGUCCAGUAGGUGACUGUGACUCAUAUGGGUAUAUUUAA